AUGGGGCCUUCACUUUCAGCUUGGAGCCCACCAAGGCUCGCAUUUGCCCUACUCAUUAUCUGUUGGACAACAUGGAUUCUUUUUCCUAGUUCGGGAGAGAAUGCGCUCCCUAGGUUUGGUGGGCAUUCAAAGCUCCCGCCACCCCUCCCGGCGAACGAAACGUUUAUUAGGGAUAUGUUGGAGAACGAAAUUGAUGGGCCGUACGAUCUUGAGCCGCUGGCCGCACUAUGCAGGAGCAAGGAGUAUACUCCGGGACUUAUCAUAAAAUGCAGGGCCUCGCCCGGAGGAAUGGGCAAUGUGAGGAAUAUGAUGUUGAAUUGCUAUAGAUUUGCUAUUGAGGCUGGUGGUAUGUGCACCUCUACAAUCAUGAAGCGAGGAGAGAGCUCACUAUCCGACCUCUUCACCGGUAUCGACUACCCAUUCACGUACUUCUUCGACCUGGAUCAUUUCACCACCUCUUUCCGAGCAGCCUGCCCCCAGAUCCACCUCUAUGAAAGCCUAGCGGAACUUUCAGAUUUCCCUUCCACCAACGAAGAUCACGAUGUCGAUGCUCACACCCUCUCCCUCAAGCACCACCCGAAAGCCUACACCAUGAUCGACGAGCCACAAUUCUGGCGCCACGAAUUCUACAAAUGGCUCAACGAGAACGUGCCCCCAUUCUCGCGCUCCGAACCCGUCCUCGUCACCAUCCCCAUGCAACUCCUCCGCUGGCCCUUCAGCUUCGACAAGCCCGAGUUCGUCGCCACCUUUGGCAGGAUCCUGCUGAUCCGGGAAGACGUGCGCAGGUUAGCGGCUAUGGUGCUGUACUCGAUGGACAAGACCUACAACCUGAGUCUCAAUCUCUCCGGGCCCAUUCAACCGGACAAGUUCUACGGCGCGCAUAUGCGCACUGCUUCCGAUGCGCUGGCGGUCGGGUGGCCGGGCUACGAGGAGCAGUCGAAAAACUACCUCGAAGCCGUCAGCGCCACGAACCUCUCUCUCGUCUACCUCACAACCGGCAACCCCGUCGACGCAGCGCGCUUCACCGCGACGGCAGCCACCAAUAACAUCACAGUAGUAUCGAAGGACACGCUCCUAGCCGGCGAGGAGUUCGCGGCCGAGCGCGAGGAGAUGAAGAACUUAUCCUGGGACCACCUGGGCAUGAUCGAUUACUACGUGCUGCUGCGCAGCAGUCUCUUCGGCGGCAUGUUCCAAUCCAGCUUCUCGUGGAACGUAGCAAACAAGCGGCACGUCGUGGUCGGCAACGGCACGUGGCAGGAGAUCGCGCCCAUGAACGCCGGCCUGGAUACUUGGUAUGAUACGGAGGGCGCCCUGACGUACGAUGGGCCGGAGUGUUUCAGGGAUAAUCUGAGUACGAUUUAUGGGUUGACGGAUAUGGAUGGUGUGAGGUGGCAGUUUCCUAUGGCGUUGUAUCCUUGA